UGUCCCGGAUGUAGCAUCACAUGAAUUGACUGUCAACAUGCAAGAUGGCCACGCAUCACAGGCAAAAUGCUGCUGGGCGGAGAAAAGUACAGGUAUCUUACGUCAUUAGAGAUGAGGUGGAGAAAUACAACAGAAAUGGGGUGAAUGCUCUCCAACUCGACCCUGCGCUAAAUCGGCUCUUCACAGCUGGAAGAGACUCAAUCAUCCGGAUAUGGAGUGUGUACCAGCAUAAGCAGGACCCGUAUAUUGCUUCGAUGGAGCAUCAUACAGAUUGGGUCAAUGACAUAGUUCUUUGUUGCAAUGGGAAAACAUUGAUAUCUGCUUCCUCGGAUACAACUGUCAAAGUAUGGAAUGCACAUAAAGGGUUCUGUAUGUCAACGUUACGAACACACAAGGACUAUGUGAAAGCCUUAGCCUAUGCUAAGGACAAGGAGCUGGUGGCAUCUGCAGGGCUUGACCGGCAGAUUUUUCUCUGGGAUGUCAAUACUCUUACAGCGCUCACUGCUUCCAACAACACUGUAACAACUUCAUCACUCAGUGGAAACAAGGAUUCAAUCUACAGUCUGGCCAUGAACCAGAUGGGCACGGUGAUCGUGUCUGGAUCCACAGAAAAGGUGCUGAGAGUGUGGGAUCCACGAACAUGUGCAAAAUUGAUGAAGCUGAAAGGCCACACAGAUAACGUCAAGUCGCUGCUUUUGAAUCGAGAUGGUACUCAAUGUCUGUCAGGCAGUUCGGAUGGAACAAUCCGUCUGUGGUCCCUCGGUCAACAGCGAUGCAUUGCUACGUACCGUGUGCACGAUGAAGGCGUCUGGGCCCUGCAGGUCAACGAGGCUUUCACGCACGUCUAUUCUGGCGGUCGAGACAAGAAGGUUUAUUGCACGGACCUGCGCAACCCAGACAUCCGUGUUCUCAUCUGUGAAGAGAAGGCCCCAGUGCUGAAAAUGGAACUGGACAGAUCUGCUGACCCACCUCCUGCGAUCUGGGUCUCCACCACCAAGUCAUCUGUUAAUAAAUGGUCUCUCAAGGGAAUGCACAACUUCAGAUCAUCAGGAGAAUACGAUAAUGACUGCAGCACGCCUCUAACGCCACUGUGCACGCAGCCAGAACAAGUCAUCAAGGGAGGGGCAAGCAUUAUCCAGUGUCACAUUCUGAAUGACAAGAGGCACAUACUUACCAAAGAUACCAACAACAACGUGGCUUUCUGGGAUGUCCUAAAGGCUUGCAAAGGUGAAGACCUGGGCAAAGUGGAGUUUGACGAGGAGAUUAAAAAGCGCUUCAAGAUGGUCUAUGUGCCAAACUGGUUCUCAGUUGAUUUGAAAACUGGGAUGCUCACCAUCACACUGGAUGAGAGCGACUGCUUCGCCGCCUGGGUGUCUGCAAAGGAUGCCGGUUUCUCCAGCUCUGACGGAUCCGACCCAAAAUUAAACUUGGGCGGACUGCUGCUUCAGGCUCUGCUGGAGUUCUGGCCCAGAACGCGCAUCAAUUCUGUGGACGAGGAAGAGAAUGAAGUCAACCACGUGAAUGGAGAGCAGGAGAACCGUAUCCAGAAAGGAAACGGAUAUUUCCAGGUGCCGCCACAUACACCGGUUAUUUUCGGGGAAGCAGGUGGCAGAACGCUUUUCAGGUUGCUUUGUCGAGAUUCAGGCGGAGAGACCGAGUCCAUGUUGCUGAACGAGACCGUCCCUCAAUGGGUCAUUGAUAUAACUGUAGAUAAAAAUAUGCCCAAGUUCAACAAAAUUCCAUUCUACCUCCAGCCUCAUUCAUCCUCCGGUGCAAAAACUCUGAAGAAGGACCGUCUGUCGGCCAGUGACAUGCUGCAGGUGAGGAAGGUGAUGGAGCACGUGUACGAGAAGAUCAUCAACCUGGACAACGAGUCUCAGACCACCAGUUCCUCUGCCAACGACAAGCCCGGGGAGCAGGAAAAGGAGGAGGACAUGGCCAUGCUAGCUGAGGAGAAGAUAGAGCUCAUGUGUCAAGACCAGGUUCUGGAUCCCAACAUGGACCUGCGAACAGUUAAACAUUUUAUUUGGAAAAGUGGUGGGGACUUGACACUUCACUAUAGGCAGAAGUCCACGUGAAAUUUAGAUUUGGAAAAACAAGAACUUUUUUUUUUUUUGUCAUUUGCCAAUCGCCACUCAUUGACAUGUAAUAUCCUGAAGUCCGUUCAUGGUCAAAUGGUUUGUAGUAUCUGCAGGAAUGCAGUGAGCUCUUUCCAAGGACGUGUCAUAGGGAACAUACCAGGCUGGCGCAGCCAAGAGACGAGAUUUUUUUUUUUUUUACAGUUUGAAGAAUGAACUCAAUUUUAUUCUGCAGGACUGAAACUUUUUUUUUUUUUUUUUUUUUUACAUCUUUGACUGCUAUGUUUAUGAUGAACUGCUGUACAUGUUCGUGAGCGUGUGUGUGUGUGUGUGAAUGUGUGUGCAGAAUGUUUAGAACAUUCCAGACCUGUCCUUGUUCUAAAAACACUCCACAGUGAACAGUAUCUCCGGUUUGGAGCACCCGCGCUUUCUGGAAGCGUCACAGUCGCCCAUCCUCACUUGAACGUAACCUCCACUUCUAAUUAUGAGAGCGCUUGAACAUCAUCACACUUGUCUUCGUCUGUUUUAACUGUGCUAUUCUCAGUGAGCAGAAUGUUUUCAUGUUAACCUUGUGUACAAUAUUUUUGAUUUUAAGUGACUUUUUGGGGGGGAGGGGCGGGCGGAUUUCAUCGGUUUUGUUGUAAAGUUUACCUAAUACCAACAGUUAUUUUUCCAAUUCCUUAGAGCACAUUCAUGGCUGUAAUUUUUCAUGGAUGAUACAAAUGGCAUUUGUUGUAUUCAUUACAACCUGGAAAUUGCAGUUUACUCUUUAAGAAUGUUUGUAGUUGUCUAAAUCAACUUAGAAAUUUGAAAUUAUAUAUAUAUAUAAAUAUAUUAAAUCUCACUGUGCUUUGGUAAUCAGCAAUGACCUUGGUCAAAGUGAGAGCUGUUCCUAAUGUAUAGUUUAUUUAAAUAGCUCAAUGAAAUAUGAUAUAAUAGUAUAUGAUUUGUCUUUACCGAAACAAAACAGUGGGAAAAGUUUUUUUCCCUCCCUUGGUAUCACCAAGCAGAACAGAUCUUUUUAUUGUAAACUUGAUGGUAUUCAUUUGGCCAGAAGGGCUGAUGUGAGCUCUCGCUGGCCAAAACAGGAUGGUUACCCCCCAAUUAGGUGAUGAACUGUAAUAUCAAUUGUUGUAAGAAUUUGUGAAAUAUGUAUAUUUUAGGCUUCCAAAGAAAUAAAUUGGAAUGGUUUAACAAUGACA